AUGACCACACACGCUCGGAUAUCCUCUGAUUCCGACAUCUAUCACAACGAUAUGACACGUGGAGUUCGCGUCCUGUGCUGUCCAAAAAUGAUUUGUUGGACAAAUAUAAACUGCGAUGUAGUCGCUGCUUUAAAGAAUGCAGGAAUGCUGACCAGCAUUGUAAAAUCACCGAAGGAGGUAUCCCGCCUGGUAUCAGAACUCACUCAUGAUAACAUAAUGGUUAUAGUGAUAUGUGAUCACAACAGAAACAAAUUAAAGUUGGCAAGCCAAAACUUAACACUGGAGCAGAUCAACAAUUUAGUUUUAGUAACAUCCCAUCCUGACACUGAGGAAAUAUUUGACGGUUUUGACAAAGUGGAGCCAACAAAAGAUACCAAACAACUUGUUGGAAUGAUACAACUGAAGACAAAAGCCAGACAACCACAUGUCUAUACUAACGAUGUUACUGAAAAUACGCCAGCGAGAGUUUCGGUUGGGAGUACUAUGGAUUCUUCCUUACAGAAGACACGAGCUAGGACAUUGUCACACAGCAGUUUGAUAGAAGAUUGUCACGCGGACAAAUUGUCAGCACGAGCGUAUUUUCCGUUCAAAGGACACGUGCAAAUAGAUUUAGCCGAGAAAGAAAGUAUUCGAUCAAGUAGCAUAGUCGACGAUGUAGAAGAUAUAUUCGUUAACACGAAAAGUGGUUGUCCGGAGGAGGGACUGAGGGGAGUGUUUGUACGGCAGACAACGUACUCCAGCCAAGGAAAAUGCCGUGAAAGUUUUGAUAUGUUUCUAAAGAAAUUCUUGUCUGUAGACGAGAAUGACUUAGAGCGCAAUACCAGAGUCAUCAAUACGUCUUUUAUACCCAGUUGUAAGGAGAAAAAUGAAUUCGUGGCACUGAUUCAAUUGAUGAAAGCGGGCGAUCUUAGAUUACAGAAACACCUUGCAGAAGCAGCAUUCGAGAUUCAGCUCAACACAAAAGACAGAUUGUGUAACAUUGAAAAGCUUCUCACAGGAAUAAAUGAAUUUGUGGACGUCUGUCAAAGGGACUAUUCUGAUACUGACUUGAUGGAAAAAUAUACCCCUGUCCUUCUCAACAAUGUCGCUAUUUUGUUGUCCUGUAUAAUACAGAGGGAACAUGAUAGUGGGACGAUUCAGCAUGCACUUUCCGUAUGUAAUGAGGCGCUGACCACAACUACAGAUGUUCGAGGGAAGGGUCAUUCUACAGCCAAUUGUAUGUAUCCGAUUACUGAGAUUCUUACGUGUGUAGUACAUCAACUCCGCAACAACUCCAAGCUACAGAAGGGGAAAUACAAGGAUGUGGUUUCCAAUGAGAAACUGCACAAAUAUGUUCAAAAAAUGUCCUUUUUGGAUAUGUAUUCUUUAUUUCUGGACAUACUACAACGGCUGAAACAAAAGCAUAUACCUGAAGACGUUGGAACACUUAAAUACAUGGUCAGCUGUCUUCUGGACAAACAUCACAAACAAGGAAAAACUGAACCGCUGACUCAUGCCAUCUUGAUGAGCGUAACGCAAGGCGUUGUAACGCUCAUAAAAGACACGUGUGCACGGAAUGAACAAGGCCUAAGCGAGGAGUUGGAUAUCAUGGAACUGCUUGAUGUAAUGAGUCUAUAUUUCGACUCCCGCAAGUGUGGGCAGGUGAUGCGAACCCACCUACUGAGAGAAGUGGGGUGUCUGCUAUUUCUGAAGGACAAAGAUGUAGUGUAUACAGUGUGGUAUUGGCAUAACAUUAGUGGCAUGCAAUCCCAACAAUUACAGAACAAGACACUUGAGUACAUCGAACAAAUGUUACAACCACUCAGUUUUCGGUUUCUUAGAGCAGACUUUGUCCCAAGCAUUGCGUUGUCUCCCGCUUGGUGUACUUUGCAUGGGACUGCUAUCGGAUCCCGUGAUGUCACAUUACACUGCCUUCUUCCAAGUUUGCAAUGCCUUCUAGAUGGUUCUAUGGCUGAUUAUAAGGUCAAAGCUGACCAAAAAGACACAAAAUUCGAGAUUAACACUCUUGAAAUACUCCGAAUUAUUCAGGCCGAGAACAAUCAUCCAGGCAUAUUAUCACUGCAUGCGUACCAGUGUAGACCAAUGCCACUGUUUUUUGUCGUAGAUAGAUACAAGGGCUCAGAUUUAUUUUCUUAUCUCCAUCAACGACGGAAAGAUAACAACUGGAUAAACUUGUCUGCUCUAGCAAAACUGGCAUCAGAAGUCCUCAGCGCCGUCGAUUUCCUUCAUUCAAAGAAGGUUAUACAUCGAAAUCUUACUGCAACCAGCUUCGCACUCGACAGUAAGAAGAGUCUAGUACUAACAGAUUUCAGUAUCGCUAAGCACGUCAAUGCUUCUGAAUUAUGUGUAUCAGAUCUGGAGAGCACGGGUGUUCCGACACGCUGGACAGCCCCAGAGUCCUUGCUGGAAGGCCGGUUUGACGUACGGACGGACACUUGGAUGAUUGGACAACUGCUCUACGAGAUAUACACACACGGAUGUCAGCCAUUUGUUGAGUUAUACACCAUUUCUACGGAAAAAGUCAUGGAAUGGGUUGUAUUCCAAAAACUGACACCAAAACAAUGGCCAUGUAUUCCACGAAACGUUCACAACGUCAUACUAAAAUGCGUCCAUAUUGAAGCAGACGAAAGAGUAGACUUGUCUUCUGCCAGAAAUGUGUUCUUAACAAACUUCCACUCCCCAGCUAAUGCACAGACACGGUUGCCUGUAAGCCGAGCAUGUGACGAAGACAGAAUGUACCCAGAACUUCCCGUCAAACAAAAGGAGUCAAUGCUCAUUGAACGGGGUAUACCGAAGUUAUUCCGCGAUCUCCGCAAAGGCAAACAAGGGCCUCGGAGUUCAUACAUUUACUGGAAUGCUCGCCGAAACCAGCGGACAGUGAGCACAAUCCUUGCGGCGACACAACAGGACCUCCUGGCUCCGGAUCAGCCAAGCUAUUCAUCCCAAGGUGGCUACAUCGAAGUUACAGAGCCCGUGACACAGCCAUUCGUAGAGAACGUGUAUCCUCUUCUAACUGGUCACGUGAUGAAGUGGUUCCACAUUAGACACUGGCCAGUUGUUGUUCAGAAUCAUGCCAGUACGGGAGCUAUGGAUUUCAACUGUACUCUGGUGUAUGGUUGCGACCCUGGAGAAAACAUUUUGGAGUUUGCUUUAGCCAAUCGACUUGGCAGUCCGUUCAUAUCUGAAAACAUGGCGAAAUACUACGGUAUUAUACAAAGUCUGACAGGCCUUGUAAGCUCUAUGCAUUCCAAGGACUUCAUCCUUCGUGACCUGUGUGCUGCUAACACGUUCUACUGCGAGUCUUCUGGAAAGGUCUUCAUACCACGCCUUGGUCGAAUUCUUCAUCUUGGCUCCAAUUGCACGUUGGACGACAGCAUACUGUCAGAAAAACCACCCAACCGAAAACGCUGGAUGCCAAUCGAAGUCUUGCAGAGCGCUCAGUAUUCGAAACAAAGCGACAUGUAUAUGUUUGCCAUGACGUUGUAUGAAUUCUGUAUGGCUCUCGACGCAUUGAAUGAAAGCCCGAGUAGCAACGUCCUAAAAACUGUCCCGUUUGCAACUGUGAAGACUGAUCUGCUACUGGAACAUUUAUACAGAGGAGACACUCCGGUGAAACCCAAUUUGUGUCCAGGUUGGCUGUAUGAAAUUAUGCAGAAAUGCUGGGACCGGGACCGUACGCGAAGACCGGAUAUUGAUGUAGUAGCUCGUAUAAUUCAUAACAGAUUAAACGGCAAAGCAGUAGAAGUGGACGGUUGUUAUGAUUCCUUACAUCAGCCACCGAAACACAAUAAAAAGACCUAUUCUUCUAGUAUGUACAGGAUUGGAAGAGUCCCUUUGCGAAGUAUAUCGUGGAAUCAACUGGCAAACAGGGCGUCUAGCAACCUCUCAUUUCAUCAAUUGGAGCGCACAGAAUCCAUGCAGAUGUUGGGUGAAACUGAUUCUGACUGCUCAUGUGAUAAGACCAAUGGCGCAUCUUGUCUUUGCUCUGAUUGUGAUAGCGUCAGUGUUGACCUAGCAAAAGUUCCUAUGAGAAAGAAGUCAGACGUUGGUAGACAGUGUUUGAGUGAAGAAAGAAUCAGCACGUACGACAAGAUCGCAGAACGAUUUUCCACGAGGAUUGGUCAAUCAAGAAGUGAUUGCGUGUCUACGUACGAUAUGAUCCUUGAGGCGGAAAUUCGUAACAUCAACAGGGAUUCAAACAGCAAGACGUUCAGCAACAAUUUACUUCAAACUUUCCAUACGUCGUCUAACAAACCCAACCGAAAUCUGGACGAGAAAAUGCCAACUCCUAAUGAACGAAUGGAAAGUAUCCCUGUGCCACAACGAAGUCAAACACUUCCUGCAAAGAAACGACCUCCCGAUGCUUACAUCACAUCUGUAUGA